UAGCUUAGAGAAGUCUUCAGGAAUAAGAUUAACCUUGAGUUAAUCCUUAAAGACUCUGGAAUGCAAAUGGUAAGCAUACCACAUUGGCAGAAGUGAAGCUUUCUUUAGCAGGGUAGAGAAAAAAUGAGGAAUAUAAGCUAAGUUCACAGCAAGAAUAAGACGACCAUUUAGUUCUUUUAAGAAGAACUUUUGGCAGAUUGGUUCAAAAUGAUUUUUUCCUCUUAAAUUGUUUUGGUUUUUUCCUUAGAAAUAACUAGAAACAAAGACUACUAACUGCUGCAAAUUGGUAGGGUCUGGUAGUAUUUUAGUUCCAAUUGGUGAAGAAGGGAAAUAGAAAAUUAAGACAGUUUUAAAUGGUGCUUAACAUUUUUAGUUCCAAGUUCAAUCAGCAUAGUCAUCAACUGACAUUUACUCUGAACCCCUUGGGUGAAUGGCAGUGAACCAAAUCCCACAAGAAAUAAUAUCUUCUGCCUACGUGAGCAAACUGGUAGUUGAACUAUUGCUCUCAGAAGCUAUAGAUGAUAAUAGUUGAUGUUAAUAUGUGGUGAGAUUCCAGCCUUGGAGUCAUGAAAGUUAAGAUAGGAAAAAUGUAUACUGAAAAAAAAUUUUUUUAAUAGAAACUGUAUCUACUUUCUGCCUUGGAUAAAGAAGUCACUGUCCUAUGGAGUGAAACACUAAACAUGUCAAAUUAUUUUUUAAUAUUUCACCAAAUAUUAUUCCAGCUCAAAAGAGUUGAAUUUUAUUUGAUCACUGUAUGAAUAAUGCAAGAUAAACUUUCAUUUUGACAAGUAAAAUAAGGAGAUGAGUUGAUUCAGAGCAUGUCAAGUAGAAUCUUAAAAUAAGUGAUUUGUGCCUUCAUUAAAAAUUCAAAUACAAAGAAAUCUUUGUGGAUAAGAUGUCAAAAAUUUGUAACUGAAAUCUAUUUUUACCUGACCUCCAAGGUUAAUAUUACAUUUAACAUUAAGGGUUUUUUUUCAUUCUAUAAUACUAAAAAUGUUUCUUUUAAGUAUGGUCAGAUAUUAAGUACUUAUCUUUCCCCAGUAGGCUCCUCUUCCCUUUUUAAUUUUUCCCCACCCAAAUCUCUUUCCCUUUGGUGGAGUUCUUAUUGCUGGCAACCCAGUCAUUACCAUUCUAAUACCAUUUAAGGUAGCUCUGCUGGGUUUAUUUAUUUUGAGCCCUACAAUCUGGCUUCCUAAAACAAGUUGACAAACCAGUUUAUUUUUCCCCCUUUUCGCUUCAACACCUCGUGAUUUAGAUUGGUUAGGAAGAUAUAAUGUAAUCCGGGCACAAGCUCUUCCUCUUGGAAUCAAUAUUUUCGAGGCUUCCUCCUUUCUUGGCUGAACGUGCUUAAGUCAGACAGAGUACCUUGUGAAGGACUUCAGCCCCCACAGUUCCCUGUGUGCGCAUGCCCUCUCUUCUUACAGUUGUCAAAGUGCUUUUGCCAGAGCGGUCACAUAAUCAACCUGAAAGAAGAAAAUAAAUACUGUACACUUUUAAAUUUUAUCGAUCCUUAAAAACUGGACACUCAAAGCUGCGCAAACCAUGCAGGAUGAUUUACUGAUGGACAAAAGCAAAACCCAGCCCCAGUCCCAGCAGCAGCGGCAGCAGCAGCAGCAGCAGCAGCCCCAGCCCGAGCCCAGCGCAGCCGAAGCCCCGUCCACGCCCCUCUCUUCCGAGACCCCCAAGCCAGAGGACAGCAGCGCAGUGCCGGCCCUCAGCCCCGCCGCGGCCCCGCCGGCCCCCAACGGCCCCGACAAGAUGCAGAUGGAAUCGCCGCUCCUGCCGGGCUUGAGUUUCCACCAGCCCCCUCAGCAGCCGCCGCCGCCGCAGGAACCCGCGGCGCCGGGCGCGUCACUGUCGCCGUCCUUCGGCAGCACCUGGUCCACGGGCACCACGAACGCGGUGGAGGACAGCUUCUUCCAGGGGAUCACCCCAGUCAACGGGACCAUGCUCUUCCAGAACUUCCCGCACCACGUCAACCCAGUGUUUGGAGGCACCUUCUCCCCGCAGAUCGGCCUGGCGCAGACCCAGCACCACCAGCAGCCGCCGCCACCCGCGCCACAACCCGCGCAGCCUGCUCAGCCCCCGCAGGCACAGCCCCCGCAGCAGCGCCGGUCGCCCGCCAGUCCCAGCCAGGCGCCCUACGCUCAGAGGAGCGCCGCCGCGGCAUACGGCCACCAGCCCAUCAUGACCAGCAAGCCGUCCUCGUCCUCGGCUGCAGCAGCCGCCGCGGCCGCAGCCGCAGCCUCGUCCGCCUCGUCCAGCUGGAACACGCAUCAGAGUGUGAACGCCGCCUGGAGCGCGCCGUCCAACCCGUGGGGUGGCCUGCAGGCAGGUCGGGACCCUCGCCGGGCGGUCGGCGUGGGUGUGGGCGUGGGCGUCGGGGUACCUUCACCACUCAACCCCAUCUCGCCGCUCAAAAAGCCCUUCUCCAGCAAUGUGAUCGCGCCGCCCAAGUUCCCCCGCGCGGCCCCACUCACCUCCAAGUCCUGGAUGGAGGAUAACGCUUUCCGGACCGAUAAUGGUAACAAUCUGUUGCCAUUUCAGGACCGGAGUAGGCCCUAUGACACUUUUAACUUGCACUCGUUGGAGAACUCCUUAAUGGAUAUGAUAAGGACUGAUCAUGAGCCUCUGAAAGGUAAACACUACCCUCCCAGUGGCCCACCAAUGAGUUUCGCUGAUAUAAUGUGGAGGAAUCAUUUUGCAGGACGCAUGGGAAUAAAUUUCCAUCAUCCAGGAACAGAUAAUAUUAUGGCACUUAACACCAGGAGCUAUGGGCGGAGACGAGGUCGAUCUUCUCUCUUUCCCUUUGAAGACGCCUUCCUGGACGACAGUCAUGGCGAUCAGUCCUUGUCAUCUGGCUUAAGUUCUCCCACUCGCUGUCAAAAUGGGGAACGAGUAGAACGCUACUCUAGAAAGGUGUUUGUUGGAGGCCUUCCUCCUGAUAUUGAUGAAGAUGAGAUCACUGCCAGCUUUCGCAGGUUUGGACCUCUCGUCGUAGACUGGCCCCACAAAGCUGAAAGCAAGUCAUAUUUUCCUCCUAAAGGUUAUGCCUUUCUGCUGUUCCAGGAAGAGAGCUCAGUACAAGCUUUGAUAGAUGCCUGCCUAGAAGAAGAUGGGAAACUGUACCUGUGUGUGUCAAGCCCCACCAUCAAGGAUAAACCGGUGCAAAUUCGACCAUGGAACCUAAGUGACAGUGACUUUGUAAUGGAUGGUUCUCAGCCUUUGGACCCCAGAAAAACUAUCUUUGUUGGGGGAGUUCCACGACCCCUUCGAGCUGUUGAACUGGCAAUGAUCAUGGACCGUUUGUAUGGUGGUGUCUGCUAUGCUGGCAUUGAUACGGACCCAGAGCUGAAGUACCCCAAAGGUGCUGGCCGCGUGGCGUUCUCCAAUCAGCAGAGUUACAUUGCAGCUAUCAGUGCUCGCUUUGUGCAGCUCCAACACAAUGACAUUGACAAACGGGUGGAAGUGAAGCCAUACGUGCUGGAUGAUCAGAUGUGCGAUGAGUGCCAGGGCACGCGCUGCGGUGGAAAGUUUGCCCCGUUCUUCUGUGCCAACGUCACCUGUCUGCAGUAUUACUGCGAGUACUGCUGGGCAAGCAUCCACUCCCGCGCCGGGCGAGAGUUCCACAAACCGCUGGUGAAGGAGGGAGGUGACCGCCCUCGCCAUGUCCCGUUCCGCUGGAGCUGAGCCCAGGACAGACCCAGCCACAAGUACUGGAGUAGAUAACAAGGAGGGAAAAGAGAGGGCACUGCCUCAGGGCUUACAGUGUUCUGGAAAUCUGUGCAUUCGUUCUCAAUUUUUAAAGAAGAAAUGGGUCUUUUUAUUAUUAUUAUUUACAGUCAUAUUACUGAACUCAGUGUCCAGUAUAAUGCAAAAUUGCAGAGUGUAUAACGGUACUGAUUUGCACUUUGAUUCACACCUUUGUCUGCUUGGUACCUUCAUUUCUUACACCUGAUUUGUCACUCGUGACAGUACGUAGACUGCCAUUCUCAUCUGCGGCCACCAGGUUGACGUCUGUGAUUUUUUGUUGUUGUGUUGUUGUUCUGAUUGUUUUUGAACUGGAGCAUGCACUUAUUUUCAGAAACUUAGAGAGUUGCCCCUAGGAGAAGACUUACCAAAGGUAAUGCUCGGGAGUAGGUGGCAGAUGUAGCAAAAACUUCACAACAAUUCAGCAGUCAUUAGUUGGGGUCAUUUAGAGUAAGGAUAACCCUUAAUGAAAAUAAGCCUUUAGUUGCUCUCUAUUUUGACAUGUAAGGAUACCUCAUAAGCUGAAUCUUUAUUUUUCCUUCAUGUUUGACUUUUGUUUUGCUAAGGAUUUUAGUUAGAUCUUUUAGUGUUAUGUAAAUUUAUGCUGCAAUAGCUUUUGCUGCUAUUAAAGUGGUAUUAUUAAUACCAUAAUACUCUAUUCAGGCUAAAGUAUCAAUUUAAAAAAAAACCCAACAACACACUUUUGUGAUUUAGGGAUAGAAUCAGCUGCCGGAAGGAGAUCAGAAGAGACUUGAGAAAGCUUCAACGGAAGGUCACUAUUUCUGACUGCAUGUUUACUUAAUCAGGUUGCUGCAUGCAAUAAAUUUUAUAUCCAAUGUCUAGUAUAAAACCUUCCCACAAUGCACAAAUUAAGAAUCUAUAUAAGCUAUAAAAUACUGAUUUUUUUUAAAAGAUUUUUCAUUCAAAGAAUUGGUAAUUGACUGGAGGAAGGCAUGCCUCAAUAAAUGGAAUGCUUCUGAAAUUAGGAAGAGCCCAUACAGAAUGGCCUAUAUUACAACCAAUAUAAAAGCUAGGUGUAGGAUAUUCUUAAAGCAAAUUCGUGGAUGGUAGAUGAAGUACUUUGCGGUGCUCUGUUAUAUAUUGUGCAAUUUAUUUUAUAUAGUAAAGUGAUUAUGUCUAACUGUGAUCAAACUUAACUGUUUAAAGCCUCUGUGUCAGACAUUAACGAACUUGACAGUUCCUAACUGGUAUAUUAUUAACUAACACAUGAGCUCUUAGUUACAAUCUCCUAGUGCUUGCACCAUUUUACAUAGCUUCAGACCUUGUCCAGAAAACCAAAGAGCUCAUCUUAGCUUACAAACACUAGGAAUAUAUACAGUAUAUAGAGAUAAGUUGUCAGAUUGACAAACUAGGCACAUUUUAAGAAAGUUGCGAGAUGGUGAUGCUAAAGAAAUGUCUGUGCAAACUAAGAUGGCCUGGGCAGGGUUGGUUGUCUGGGUGAGAAAUUAACUACUUAAUUCCCUGGGUUUAUCCUGUAAAGCUUGAAUAGAAUGAAGACCUGCUGGGACUGCCAUGGACAUUUUUAGCAUUCACUCUUGGGCUGCAGAUAGUAAUAUAUAAACACACACAAUGAUUGUGAGACUAUGUAGAUCUUUUUUUUAAUCUUCUUCCUAUGUUUUGGAAUUCUGGGGACAAUCUGACUGGAUAUGACACUGCAGAAUAGAUUUAAGUCGCUGUGUUUUAUGUGCUGUGAUGUCCGUGUACUGUCUUAAGUUAAUAUUGCUUGUUUUUGUUUUGUUCUGUUUCUCCAGUGUUUAGUUGCAAUUACCAGCUCUCAAACUAUAGUUUGUUUUCAAAAAGGAAAAACAAAAUAGUUUUUUACUGGAUUAAAAAUGCUUAUUAGAAUUCUCCCCUUUUGAGGUUACCUCUGGGCUUUUUGGUAAUAAUUGCUUUUUUCCAGCCCAGCUGUGGUUUUCUGUUUGUUUUUUUUCUAUGUUUGUGGUUUUUUUCAUCUGUACAAGAAAUUUUGUUAUGCACUACUACUUUUUGUAUUCUAGACAGUUUUCAAAAGUUGGCUGAAGAUUUUUUUGUUUGUUUGUUUUUAAGGAAAAAGGCAUGCUUUCUGACUGACAUGAUCUUUUGCAAUACCUCAAUUUUGAAAUAUAGGAAAGAAAAUGAUAUUUUCUAAGUAAGUUUAUUCAGAAAAAUAUAUAUUAAUUUAAUUCUGCAAGAAAAAUGAUUUAACAGAUGGGUAACUUUAUUUUUUUCAUGCUUAUUUGUGUUUUUUGAAAAUGAAGAAGUUAGAGCUUUAUAACUAUAAUAUUAAAGAUCAUAUCUAACCUACAGAAAUCUACCUAAUUAUGUGAAAGAAGCAAAAUGUUUUGAAGAAGCACCCCUCUUUCAUGUACUAAAAUAACACUGAGAUAAAAAAAAAAAACCAAGCUGGGAGAUUGUACAGCAUAAAGCUAACGUGAAGGCAAAAAACCAUUGUUGUGAAGAACAGGUUCCAAAAGCGAAACUCCAUUUGGUGCUGAAAGUUGUGAAUAGAUGGUGGAAACGACUUUCCCUUAAUUUGUAUAUUUAUAAUCAAGCGUUGAUUGUGCACGACUGACCAGGAUUGUGAAAGAGUUCUUCUGUUUGUAUUUUUUUAAAGAGAACUUUUUUAGUUUAUUAAAUUAUAACAUGUUCCCUUUUGUUUUGUAAAUAAAUGUGCCCCCAAGUUGUUAAUGUUAUAUUAAAAGAGAGGGUCCUUCAAAAAAGAAUUAUUUUUUAACACACAGAGGUGUUCUGACCUGCAGCUUGACUGGGGAGCCCCUGAGUAUCACAGGGCCUGCUGUGGCCUUUCCUUGAUGUGACACUUGAACUAGUCGAUUUUUUGAAGGCUAUAACCUAACCUCGACUAUUUGUUGUUAUGUGCAAUACUGUUUGUACUGUUUGUAUAAAAAAUAGAAAAAAAAAGAAAAGAAAAAAGGCAUAAAUCUUUAUUGCAGAUUUAUUUUCAUUGCAAACUUUAGACAUUGUGAUUCACUGAAAUCAUUUUUCUACUGUCAAAUAUGUACCUUUUCUUCAUGCUGGUAUUUUUUCAAUAGUAAUGUAGCCUUUGUACUGAGACAAAUUUUCAUUGUUAUUUUUAGAAAGAUUUUUUGCUAAGAAAAAAAUUAAACAUAUUUACAUAUUUUUCAUUUUAUUUCGUAUUUUCUUUAAGGAGUGCUUUCUCAAUCAUUAAUAGAGUUGUUUCUGGGAGGGACUUUCAUAUCUGGUCAAUGUCAUAAUAUUAUUUUGUAUUUUUACUUGGAAUAAAUUAAUUUUAUGAUGCUAAUUCUUUAAAAGUUUAUUUUUUUCAUUUUCAGUUAUUUUUGAAGCUAAAACCUUUGUAAUAUUGUUACUAAAGUGUCUAGUUUUUUGAAAUGCAAAGCUUUAUGUAUUAACUUGCUGAUGUGGUUUACAAUAGUGUGACAACGAUGAAAAUGGUUGGUUAUGUAAAGUGAUUGGAAAAUGUAAUGGAUAAUUGGGUAAUAAAAUGACAGAAUGAGCAGAACA